UCCUUCAACCAGGAAAAAGAUUUGCAGGUCCAUCAGCGGAUUCAUACCGGAGAGAAACCGUACGAAUGCUCUCAGUGUGGGAAGUGCUUCAGUCAGCAAGGAAACCUGAGGAGCCACUGGAGGAUUCAUACCGGAGAGAAACCAUAUGAAUGCUCUCAGUGUGGGAAGAGCUUCAGUAGUCAAGAUAACCUGAUGAGGCACUGUAAGAUUCAUACUGGAGAGAAACCACAUACAUGCCUGGAGUGUGGGAAAACCUUCGGGCGGAGCAACCAGUUGAAAAUCCAUCAGAUAAUUCAUACUGGAAAUAAACCGUACAAAUGCUCUCAAUGUGGGAAAUGCUUUACCCUAGGUAUGUAUUUGAAAAAACACCAACGCAUCCAUAAUGCAAGCGAAACAAAACCAUAUAAGUGCUCCCAGUGCGGGAAGUCCUUCAACCAGGAAAAAGCUUUGCUGGUCCAUCAGCGGAUUCAUACCGGAUUGAAACUGUACGAAUGCGCUCAGUGUGGGAAGUGCUUCAGCCAGCAAGGAAACCUGAGCAGGCACCGGAGGAUUCAUAGUGGAGAGAAACCGCACACAUGGCUGGAGUGUGGGAAAAGUUUGGGCGGAGCAGCCAGUUGGAAACCCAUCAGAUAA